CGCUAAGCACUGAGGCGAAACGCUACUUCAUGUACCAGCCUCAUCGUCAGUUAAUACUUGAUAUUCAACGCCAACACUUGACGGCUGCACAACUGACGAGCAGACAUAAAAACGAGUUCGCGUGCUAAACAUUUCAGUUUUCUGUUUCAGUUCGUCGUUAUGCCGUCGCUAAUGAAAUCAUUUCAAUCGAACUUUAUUAGCCGUGAAGCAGUUAAACCACUUUUUAUUUUUAUACUCUUCGCAUGUGCGUUGACUUUGUGUAAUGCGUCGUCGCUGAUCGAACGGGAAAAACACAAUCGCGUCAAACGUAUAGUGGGUGGCCGCCAAUCGAAGGCACCACCACCCGACGAUCCGGUGGUCUUUACGCGCACCUUCAAUCGCGAUGCUCGCGUCGAAGGCUUUCGCAAUGAACGCACCGGCAUCUAUUCCUUCCUCGGCAUGCACUACGCAGAGCCGCCAAUUGGUCUGUUGCGUUAUGCGCGUCCCGUCUAUAAGCGCAUGGCAGGUGACAUCAAUGCCACACGUCAUGGACCACCCUGCCUACAGCCCGAUCCAUAUAAUCCAUAUCGCGUGGUGGGCGAGGAGAAUUGUCUGCUAUUGAAUAUUUAUACGCCGCGUAUGCCGGAUGAAACGACCGGUCUACCGGUAUAUGUCUGGAUACAUCCGGGUGGUUUUCGUUAUGGUUCUGCCGCUCAGUACGAUGCCACACCUAUAGCGCAGCAGGGUGUGAUAGUCGUAGCGCCACAAUAUCGACUCGGUUCUUUGGGUAUAAUGGGCGAUGGUACGAAAGAAUUCGAUGGUAAUUUAGCGAUCUUCGAUAUGGCGGCAGCGCUGCGCUGGGUCAAUGACUACAUUCAUCAUUUCGGUGGUGACCCGAAACAAAUCAAGGCCAUUGGACAUGGCUCGGGUGCGGCGAGCGCAAUGUAUUUGUCAAUGUCGCGUUCAGCACGUAGUGCGGGUGAUGUGUCGGGUGUGGUGGCGAUGUCGGGUACAGCGCUUUCGCAAUACGCAACCGAUAAGGAACCGGUGCAGAGUGUGGAGGAGGUGGCGGACAUUAAUGGUUGCCCCACACUGAACGAGCUGGAGAUUGUGCAGUGCCUGAGAGAGAAAUCAGCCGAAGAAAUUAUACAGAACGAUUCAAAAAUCCAAACGGAACGCCUAGCUGGCCGUGCCCUAGUCAAAGGUCUAUCAGGCAAUGUUGGUUUCACGCCGCAUGUUGAGGGAGAGAAUGAUGGCCGUGCGCUACCCAGCUUGAUUGUAGGCGAGCCGGAACAGCAGCUGCGUAGUGGUAACUUCACGCCUAUACCUCUGUUAACGGGUGUUACAAAACAUGAAACCGCGAAUGCUGUCAGCAUUGAUACGUUGAAUCGGAUAUUUGGCUCUGUGCAACAAUUUCUCAAUUCACUAACCGACGCAUUGAAGGAUCUGACCGGGUUCCUGCAUAUCGACGGUAUCACGGGUGAAAUCGCAAAACCCGUGCUGCCUGGACUAUCGUCGGCUUUAACGCCCACACUCAAUGAUCUGCUCAAAGUUCCUGAAACGCUGAAUCUGGAUCAAGUGCUAUCAAAGGUCAUAGAAUCCACCACCGAUAUACUCUUCAAUCUGCCCGCCGUAUUAACCACUCAAGUCUGGUCACAAAUUGCGCCCUCAUUCAUGUACAGUUUCGAAUACAAUGGCACCCGCUCGAAAGGCAUAAAUUUCUUGCGCGGUCUGCCGAUUGUUUCCGAGCAGUCCGCGAAUAGCAAUCCGGAAGUGGUGGCGCAUGGUGAUGAACUCGGUUAUAUGUUCGAUGCAAAUGAUUUGUUUGGGAACCCCAUACCAGAAGCACAACUAAGCGGUGAAGAGGACCUGAAGGUGCGUAAGAACCUGAUCGAUAUGUUGGUGAAAUUCGCAAAAGUAUUUGGGAACGAGGAUAAGAAGAAAUCAGUGGAAGAUUCGCUAUUCAAACGCGUAACCGGCAAAGGCAUUCCAUUCAUAAAGGUUGAUUCAGAGCUAAGUGCAGGCAGUGACUUUCGGUUUUGCGAGCUCUCAGUUCUGGGUGCUUCACUGACUCCCUUGACUUCAACCACUUGCCAGAGCUUGGGCGGUGUGUUAUCACCAGUUACGGGAGUAGUUGGCGGUGCGUUGGGUGGCGUUGGCGGCGUUUUAGGAGGCGACAAAAGCAAUGGUAACGGUGGUGUUGCUGGUGGAGUUGGAAAUACUCUGGGCGGUGUGCUGGGCGGAGGUGGUAGAAGCAGAGAAAGAGAGUCCGGAGGCGGAGGAGGCUUACUUGGGCUGGGGUAAUAAUUAACACUGAAUAAUUUUUUGUAUCUACCUAUAUGUAUAAAAUCUACCUAUAUGCUAAAUAAAAGUCAGAAGUUGUA